AUCGUUAAACGACAAGAUUUUGCUAUGUCAACUGAAAAACCUCAAGAAUCUAUUGUAAAUAUUGAAGAUGAAGGUGGAAAAGUAGAUGAAGGUGGGAAAGUAAAAGAACUAAAUUUAGCUAUUAGUCAAAAUGGUGAUUUUGUGGUAGAAUUCGUAUUAUUGUCAAGUGAAUCGAAAUUAUGGGAUUUGCAAUUACGCAUGUAUAAUAUUGAGAAUGUUGAGGAUUCGAAGAAGAAUGACUGCUUGAAUCAGAAAAAAGACGACUUGGAUCUGAAAAAUGGGCUAUCGUACAGAAAAUUUUCUAAAAUUGCUGAAUCUAAAACUACAUUUACAAAAGAGCAAUCUGAUUUGAUUAAAUCUUCGACUGAAUCUAGAAACAAAUUGAGUUGGUCAGUUGCUGUGUCAGAUAGACUCAAGUUACGUAAAUCAACUGUUUCAGCUGUUAGAUUAUUAGCAAUAUCUUGCAUAAGCGAACAUGAUAUGUCAUAUAAUGCAUAUAUUAACCCUAGCGCUAUCUUUGAAUUUAAACCUGGGUUUACUAUCGUUUACUUGAUUAAUGAAGAUCAUUCAAUUGAAGUAGAUGAAGUAAAACCAUUAUUGAUAAAUAAAUACGGUGGAAUAGUUAAAUUGUUUUCGAAAAAUGAAGAUAACAAAAAGACCGAUAAGGAUAAUUUUCAAACUAUAGAUAAAUACUUUCUUGUUAUUUUAAAUGCCUCUGGGAUUUAUAAACAUCACUUUGUACACUUAAAUAAACCUACUGGCAAAAUUCAAAGUUUAAAGCUUCAUUUCGAACACUUGUAUAAACUAACUAGUAAAAUUCAAAGUUUUUAUUAUCCAAAGCGAACACGUAUAGCCUUAAUGCAUAACAAAAUUUCGGUUGAACGUGAUAUGAAAUAUAUUCUAAGAUGUUUAAAUAAACAUUAUUUUUUAGUAGAUACUACAAAUGAGGGAGCACAAUAUAUGGAGCUAUAUGAUUUAAAAACGAUCCAGUUAGUAAAUACCUUUAAGAGGCGAAAUUUAAACGGCUUAAAAAAUUACAUACUAGAUAUUACUGAUGAUUUUGCAAUAUCACACAAUAACAAAUUAUUAGCGUAUAAAUCUGGAAAUCAAGUCAAAUUAUACUUGACAGAAUGUGGACUUGAAAUUGCUUCUAUGAACCUUGAGGAUGGCAAAUCUGUCUAUGACUAUUUAAUGCAUUUCUUUAACAAUGAUGAGAGAUUAUUAAUAUAUCAGUCAAAAAAUGAAUUGACUAUUUGGGAUAUGUUCGAUUCAAUACAAAAGUCAUUUAAGCUCGAAAAUCAACUUGAGCUUGGGCUUGAGCCCGAUCUUAAAAUUGUAGGCACUUUUUUGAAUACAAAUCAUUAUCAAUUUGAACGAUCAAACACUUUUGUAAUCGUUACUAAAAACAAAGGAGAAGAAAAAGAAUUCUCCGAAGAUAAGCAAAUUUAUGAUGAUUUAAUUUUAGAUUAUACGUAUUCAGAACGAAAAAGCGACAAACAAGAUUUGAAGACACUAUCGCUCUUUGCAGAUACAGACAAUAAUAAGUUUUUUUUUAUUUUUGAUCUUGAUAAUCAAAAAUCAGAAUUAGAAGACUAUUAUUAUAUAAUUGAGCCUUGGUUGGAGCUUGGGAAAGGAGCUCUACGAUAUUCAGUUUAUCUCGACAAAGAAAAGGAAAUUAUACUUUUGAUCGGAAGUGAUACAAUUCAGAUUUGGCAUGAUCGAGCUAUAGAUAAAAAUGAUCAAACUAAAAUAAGAAAAACUUGA